AUGAUCAACCCUCAAGACAGAUUUUGGUCCGACAGCCAGGGCUACUACGGCCCGAGCGAAAACCCCGCCACCCAAUCUUAUUCCAAUGUCUGGGAUUGGGAUCAACUGCGGAUGAUCAAGGUCAAAGGCACUACUAAGCUAUUUCCACCCGAUGGGGGUGUAGAGCUCUCCAUUCUGGCAUCAUUAGCUGAUUAUAUAUCUCCUGAAGUCCGCGCAAUCACAGUCGAUGACAAUGGGCUCCUUACUGAGGUUUCGACGGAUCCGGAAGAAGAUGAUACGAUGUUUAUUGCAUACCCUUUCUUCUCGCUCUGUGGGUCGCUUGCCGACUGCCUUACAAUUCAGUACUCUAAAUUCCAAGAGCUCGAUAGGCUUGGACCAUUUGUUGAUCUCCUAUCGUACGAAGAUGAGUCCGGGAUUCCUCGAAAGGUUGCCUUUAAGUUCAACAUCUUAUACAAGGCUCUAAGAAUACAAAUGGCUUGGGAUGAACUUAACAUUCUUAAAAGCCUACCACCACAUCCCAACAUGGUACCAUUUGAUCGCGUUGUCCUCGACGAGUCUCGGGUGAUUGGUUUCACGACAAAGUAUAUCCCAGGUGUAACUCUCGCCGACCCAAAGGUCCUUUUUCGAUUUGAGUGGCUGCAGCAGCUUACCCAACUCGUGGAUUUUCUCAACCUACAAUAUGGAAUCAUGCAUCAAGAUAUUGCACCCCGGAACCUGCUUAUCGAUCCUUUCACACAUAAGAUUCUUCUCUUCGAUUUUGACCGGGCUGCAUCUGGACAGAAAAACCUACAUGACGGCCGAGAUGAUGUUAGUAGUGUUGUUUUCACACUCUACGAGCUUAUCACGAAUGAUACGUCCUUCUCGGGUAUCCCUCACUGGGAGCGAAAUAUUGAUAUGGUGCAAAGUAUCUCAGAGUGGCCUAGUCAUCGCGAGCUGGACUCUGAGAUAUCGGAAUUCCGCAAGUUUCUGAAUGAAUGGGUAGCAACACGAAGAUCCGACGUGGACGCGGACAUGAAACGAUAUUUGAAUGCACCAAACCGACUUACGUUGCCAGACCUAUCAACGGCGCCCGAGUACACUGUACCAUUCGAGGUGGGUACUAGGGAUGGAAAGCCAGUUUGGAGAACGGGCCCUCGGUCUAGGAAUACUGCAAUGAAGCUAGGGCAGUAUUGCUUUCGCUGGGAGAGGCCGCCACAGAGCCGCUUGUUGAACAAGGCUGAAAGUAAUGUUAAAUAG